AUGUUUAUACAGCUGAUGGCAGGAGUUGCAGCCUCUGAAGAUCUAGUCACUCACUCUGGUUCAUGUCAUUGUGGUAAUGUUAAGUUCACAGUUCUAGCUCCCAGCACGCUGGAUGUUUGGAAGUGCAACUGUUCCAUCUGUACUAAGAAACAAAACGACCAUUUUAUCGUACCCAAAUCCAGAUUGACACUGGCUCCAGGAUCAGAGAACCAUCUUACAACCUACUCGUUCAACAGUGGUAAAGCGAAACAUACCUUCUGUAAAACAUGUGGCGUGCAGAGUUUUUAUACCCCUCGAUCAAACCCUGAUGGAGUUGGGGUCAUGCCCCAUUGUAUUGAUAGUAAGACUGUGACUGAAAUUGUGUGCAAGGAGUUUGAUGGACAGAACUGGGAACAGUUUAUUGAAACUUCUGAUAUCCGGAGUAAAUCUAAAGAGUGA